UCAUCAAUUUCAUAACAAAAGACAAACAAAAACAAUAUUUGUAUUAUAUUACAAAACUGUCAUUAGUUAAUGUAAUUUAUACAAGUGACACUUGAAAGAAGUUGUAAAAAUGGUUGAUGCACCGUUUUUCUAUGAGAAAUUGGUCAAACCUGGUGUAAUUCCAAGACAGGGCCAUGCGCAGCGUAAAAAGGACGAAUUAAAUCACAACGCCGCGCUGCAGACGGGUUCGCGACCAGUUGGAUAUCGUAAAAUUGGAAUCUGGUGCGAUAUUGGACCUGCAAGUAAAGAUGUCGCGACGCUUGAGAAGCUCAUUGCAAACGGAAUAAACGUUGCCUGUGUGCCGUUGUCGUGCUGGUCAUCCAACACAUAUCCGGAAAUCAUUCGUAAUAUUCGCGAAGCGGAAGUUAACGAAAAUUUCAAAGCGGGCGUGCCUACGUUUAUAGCAAUUGCGAUGGAAACUCUUGGACCUGUAAUACGCAUAGGUGUUCUUGAGGGGAAUAUGGAUUGUCCGGUGAAGAAAGGUGAUAUUCUAAGAUUAACCACGGAUAAAGCGUAUCUAGAAAAAGGUAACAGCGGCACAGUCUAUAUAAAUUACGAAGAUAUUUUGAAAAUCGUCCAAUCGGAUGACAGAAUAUUCGUCAGUGACGGCACAAUCUCGCUGAUUGUUAGCGAAAUUCACGGCUCUAAUAUCAUAACAAUAAUUGAAUGCGAUGGUACAUUGAAAAGUUUAACAAGCGUGUUUCUUCCGAAUAUUCGACCGCAGUUGCCAUCGCUUUCUGAUCAAGAUAAAGUUAACAUUUCCAAUGCCAUGGGUAUUGGAAUUCAUUACAUCUUAGCAGGCAGGGUACGCAAUGCAGCUGAUGUACAAGCUAUUAGAGACUAUGUAGGCACUGCCGGUGAGAAGAUAAGAAUAGUUGCGAGAAUUGACGGUUACCAAGCCAUACAAAACCUUGAUGAGAUAAUGGACGUGUCCGAUGUUAUAUUAAUCAAUCGCUUUUAUCUUGGUGUGGAAAUCCCACAUGAGAAAGUGUUUAUUGCGCAAAAAAGCAUUAUAGCAAGAUGUAAUGCAAGAGGGAUGCCAGUAAUAGUGGCUAAACAUUUCGUCGACUCAAUGAUGUAUAGAUCACGGCCUAAACGAGCUGAAACUGUUGAUAUUGCUAACGCUGUCAUGGAUGGCGCCGAUGGAAUUCACAUCAGCGAAACAGUUUCGGGAAGUUACCCAGUUGAGUGUAUUAGUUUUACAGCUGCUACUUGCAUUGAAGCCGAAGCGGCAGACAAUCAAUGGCGGCGUUUCCGUGAACUUGUAUCAAAGAUCGAACGUGGGACAUUGCAAGAAACUCUUGCGUUAUGCGCGGUACAGACUGCGUAUAAAGUGGAGGCGGCCGCCAUUAUUACCCUUGCUGUUACUGGGACGAUGGUGAGACAAGUAGCAAGUUUCAAACCGAAUGUUCCAAUCAUCGCCAUCAUGAAAGAUGAGUUCCUGGCGAGACAAUUAAACAGCUGCAGAGCUGUUUUCCCGAUUCAAUAUACAGUAAUUGAAGAAAUACCAGUGAGGGCCAGUGACGUUCCAUGAGUUACAAUACACAGGGUGAGAGUUUAUGGAUUUGUCAAUUGCCAUUAUCUUCUAAGCUGUUUUUAAAAAAAGAAUGCAUUUAAUUCUUGAUUUUAGAAUACAUUAUAUAUACGAAUAAAAAAUUGUAAUAAAUUGUUCAUAGUUUUCACUCUUGACUCCAUCACUCAAUCGGUGUUUGUGUACAAACAACUUGUUUUUAUCACAUUGCAGUGCGUCCGAUGUGUUCAGCAGUGUUUGUUCGUUCCACUUCUUACUUAGUCGAUCGUGCGCUGCCGCGUGGUGAGCGCGUGUCUAGAUGCGGGACGGUUUUCGUGGCGACUUAUCGCGUUUCUUGUAAUUCUAAAUCGGUAGUUGAAUUAGAAUUGGUCAGCAAAGAUAGAAUUUAGAAUUAACAAACGAAUGCUGAGUGUCGUUAAUGAGUUAUCGCGCGUGGAACCCGUGACUUUAAUAAUGUACGCACGUGUUUGCUGUCGGCCGUCGGUUGCCUUCCGUCGGCUAAAAAUUCCUGGUGGACUUGUUUUGUGUAUUCAUUUAAUUAUUUAUUUGAAUAAACAUCGUUUGUGCUUCUGGUGGAUUAUUUCAAUAGCGAAGGAGUGAGAAAAUGUGGUACGUAAAUACUAUAUUUUAUGAACAUUUGACGAAUUAAACAGUAAAUGUAAAUUCAUCAGCUGAUAAUGAAAAGCGAUUAGUCACAUAAUUAAACACUCUAAAAAUAAGUAACAAUAGCUGUCACAUUAGAUCCCGUUUUUUGUGCUUUUAUUCCUUAUUCUGUCUGUAAAUGGCUUGACAUGUUUGCUAAUUUGAGUUUAAGAGAUCUUAGUUCAGUAUUGCUGUAAAAGGUGUAUAAUAAUUUGUGAUUGGAUUAUUUAUUAUGUUGCUAGCCCCGCACCUAUCACUUCUCCUCCAGAAGGAAACAGGUUAUAAAACUUGCACUUUUGAAGUUUUUUUGUAUCACCUUAUAUAAAAAAAAUUCCUAAUGGUCAGUAAAAAAUUAAUUUUUUUUAUUGUUUUGAUGCGAUUUUUUUUUAAAUUAUAGAUAUUCUUUUGGUAACACCCUGUAUAUAAUUUUCCAGGGAUGUAACGCGAAAACAGUGCGCAAUUUGCUAUUUUCUAGUGUUAUAUUUUGUACUUUUGCAGCCGUUAGUACAGCGCGGCUAUGCAGGUCAUAAACAUAUUUUAAAAUGACGUCAUGUGUUCUAUAGGUAUUGAAAUUGCAAGUUCUGAACUAGUAUUAUAUGUAAUUUGUUAAUAAAGAAAUGUUAAAGGCAA